AAGGAGAAAGUAAAACAGGUUUUUCACGUUGUUUCUCUUUCACUUUUAGUAGAGGCUUGAGGUUUUGGGUACUGUCUUUAUUCUGGCCCCCCUCAGUUAGUCUGUAAGUGUCACCGCCCCCUCAUGCACUGGGAGCUGAACUGGGAACUGCAGUAUUAAAGGUCUCUACUGUAGUUAUAGGGUAACGUUAACUCUCUCGGGACUCUCUUAUGGGAGCUGUGUGUUCUCAGAAACGACUGGCUAGACCUGGGGAACGGCGCUGUGGCUCGACACAGUAUGGUGGUAUGCAGAGUUCCAUAAACAUGAACAUCUGCGGCUUAUUAACCGAAAAAGGCCAAGAAGUGCCCCUAAAGAGCGUGGAAGUGGAUGUAAAAGUGAAGGGGCAUAUAGCAACGGUAACAUCUGUCUUGCGGUACGUGAAUGAGGAAAAGCUUCCUGUUGAGGCCGUGUUUGUGUUUCCACUUCCUGCUGAGGCAUCUCUCUGCCACUUCAGUGCCAAGAUUGCCAAUGAGGAGGUGGUGGGUGAAGUGCAGGAAAAACAGAAGGCGCGGGAGAUGUACGAUGAUGCGAUAAGUUCGGGGAAGCGGGCAUUCCUAUUGGAGGAGAGUGGUGAGAGCCCAGAUGUGUUCCAGCUGUGUGUGGGCAGCCUGCCACCUAAAGAGAGUGCUGCUGUGACUCUGAUCUACGUGAUUGAACUAACUGCGGAGGCAGAUCACGCCCUGCGCUUCUGUCUACCGGCUGUACUCAACCCACGAUAUGGACCCACCAACAUUGAUUCAGCCAAUGUGCCGCAGGUUAAAGGAGUUCCUUCAAGGCUGGUUCCUUAUACUUUGUCCCUUAGUGUCGUCAUCACCUCGCCGAUCCCCAUUUCCAAAGUAGAAUCCAACUGCUCCCUGGGGCCCCUGACUUACCUUAACACAGCUCACACUCAGGCAAAGGUGAGUCUGUCUCCUGGCCAUAAGUUUGAUAGGGAUGUUGAGCUGCUGCUUUAUUACCAGGAUGCUCAUCAGCCCACAGCCAUAGUGGAGGCAGGACUUAAGAAUGCUAAACCAGGUUCUCUGAUGGCUGAUCCUGUGGUCAUGCUGAGUCUGUGUCCAGAAUUCCCUGCAGAGGUGGUGUCCUCCUGUGGGAAACGCGGGGAGUUUAUUUUCCUGAUGGAUCAGUCUGGAAGCAUGGCGGGCUCCUCCAUCAGAAGUGCUCGAGAAACGCUUCUCCUGCUGCUGAAGAGUCUUCCUCUGGGAUGCUACUUUAAUAUCUUUGGCUUUGGCUCUUUCUUUCAAUCCUUUUUCACUGAGAGUGUUGAGUACACCCAGGAGACUAUGGAGAAGGCAAUGGAGAAGGUGGAGGCUAUGGAGGCGAACAUGCAGGGCACGGAGAUUCUUAAACCGCUGAAGCACAUCUAUGGUCAAGCAUACCUUCCAAAUCACCCCAGACAGUUGUUUGUUUUCACUGAUGGAGAAGUUUGGAACACCAAAGAGAUUCUGGACCUGGUGAGAACUCACUCUCUGUCCCACAGAUGCUUCACUUUUGGUAUUGGGAAAGGCGCCAGCACUGCUCUGAUCACAGGGAUGGCCAAAGAAGGCCGGGGCACUGCCCAGUUCAUCACUGGAAGUGACCGACUGCAGCUCAAAGUAAUGCAGUCUCUCAGCUUUGCUCUUCAGCCCUCUGUUGUGGACAUAUCAGUAAAAUGGACUGUUCCGGAUGGGAUGUCCGUCAUUACUUUGACACCGCCCCUCAAUGUUCUCUUUCAGGGCCAAAGAGCUUUACUGUAUGCUCAGCUCACAGGACAGAGCUCUGGGAACAAUGAAGGAACAGUCACUCUACACUACAGCCUGGCAGAGAACCCAGUGACCAACCAGCUCAGCUUCUGCCUUAAACCUUCUGAAGACACUGGGCUGGCAGUUCACAGGCUGGCAGCUCGGGCUGUAAUCCAGUCUUUGGAGAAGGAGGAGAGGCAGUCGAAGGACGACAGUGUGAGAGAGAAGGUGGUGGAGCUCAGUGUUCAGGCUGGAGUCAGCAGCUCCUUCACCGCCUUCAUAUCCGUCCACAAGGGCAGUGGGCAACCAGUCAAAGGGCCUCUGGUGAAGAGGACAGUGCCAGUGGCCCAAGGGUCCUAUGUGGAAACUGAUGGAGCACCAUCCUUUAGAGCACGUAGAGCACGGGGUGCACCCAUAAGAUUCUUAAAAGCACAAACAACAGAUUUCCUGGAAACAGAUGGUGGUAAUUCAGACGAUUCGUAUGAAGGUUGUUACAUGGGAGGAAGGGAUAGAUAUGUGGAAACUGAUGGAGCACCAUCCUUUAGAGCAUGUAGAGCACCGGGUGCACGCUUAAGAUCCUUAAAAGCACAAACAACAGAUUUCCUGGAAACAGAUGGUGGUAAUUCAGACGAUUCGUAUGAAGGUUGUUACAUGGGAGGAAGGGAUAGAUAUGUGGAAACUGAUGGAGCACCAUCCUUUAGAGCACGUAGAGCACGGGGUGCACCCAUAAGAUUCUUAAAAGCACAAACAACAGAUGUGGAACCUGAUGGAUCACCAUCCUUUAUGGCAUGGAACGCACGGGGUUUCCUAGAAACAGAUGGAGGUUUUCCCAAAGAACAAGCAGCUUCUCCUGUCCAGAAGGACCCAUACUUGAAGCUGGUAUCACUCCAGAAAGCUGCAGGGUUCUGGGAGCUGAGGACUGAGCUUCUCGGUGUGUUUAGUAAGACAGAGGAGGAACUGGCCAAGCAAAGGCCUGCCCAGGUGGAUGAUGCUGUGUGGGCUACUGUUCUGGCACUUAUCUGGCUCCAUGGCUUUAGGGCAGCAGAUCAGGAAGAGUGGAAAUUCAUAGCCAUGAAGGCCACGUCCUGGAUCCAGUCACAGAAAGUGGGAAACCUGGCUGAGUGUGUGCAGGCUGGAAAUGCUCUGCUUGGGUGUCAAGUGAAGGAAGACUGCCUUGGGUUCUGAGUACUGUUCGCUGUCUGACCUCAAUCUGACCUACAUGCUUCAGUUUUUAUUAUUGGCUAUUUAUUUAUUUCAGUGUUGGCUACAUUAUUUUUAUAUCUAUUCUUUUUUUUAUCCAGGUGUAUAGCUCAGCUGAAUGUACUGCUCAAAUUGACCACAAACAGAUAUGUUUACCUGUAAUAAACAUAACAUUUUGACAUUUGCUUGAGCAGUCAUAUAGUGAUAAAAAUGAACAGAAUGUCAGAAGCUAGGCUGCGGAAAGUAUAAGUAUACUCUUUUUUUAAUAUUACAGAAAGUGUGCUUAAAUUAAAGUGUCCUUGUCAAUCUAAUGUGAUUUCCAGGAUGGAUUAUAACUAGAGUAUGUACAUGGAAGUUUGCUCAGUAAAAUCAAUGCAGUCUGUGUAAAUACAGUAUAACUAUAUUAGAGACUAAGGGUGAUUCGACUUGUUAGUUCGGUCAGAACCUAAAUAGCAGGUAUGAAAGGUGCGAAAAACCAUGGCUCAGAGACCACAGGACUUAAAUUAUUCUGACCAAAAGAGGAUCAACUGAAGCAUGGUACUGUUUAUAUUCAUUUGAAGCAGGCUAUCAUCACCCAUUAACCAAUAGAAGAAGAAAAAGAAAGAAGCAGUGCUUUUCCGAGUACCCUUGUCAUGCAGGCACAUCAUGCAGCUGUAUGGGUAUAACAGAUUAUGCUAGUGUUUCCUAUAUCUACUGUAACUGUAGAAUAGUCCUUAUUCAUGAACAGAAAUAAAAGGAGUCCAAGGGAAAUUUGUUACACUCUUUCUGCUGUGAGACACACCUGCACUCGAAGGGGGUUAAAUUCUAGCAGGGAGGCAGCAUUCAGCAUA